GUGUGCGCUCCGCUCCGCGCCCUCCCCCGCCUCGCCCCUGCUCCCCUCCCCGCAGCGGCGGGGGCAAUGCCUCCUGCAUACGUGAUGAAGCGAGCGGCAGGGCUGGGCUCUGCCGGCAGCAGCGAGCCGUGAGCCCGGGCGCCUCCGCACUGCAGCCCCCUCCCACCGGCGGCGGCGGGGGGCGGCGCGGGGACGCGGCGGGGCUGCGGAGCGCGGAGCUCGCCGCUCCCGGGCAGCAGCGUGCGGCCGCGGGCAGCCGGCGCCAUGCUGAACAACCUGGCCGACUGCGAGGACGGCGACGGCGGCGCCAGCCAAGGCGAUGGCAAUCCCAAGGAGAGCAGCCCCUUCAUCAACAGCACGGACCUGGAGAAGGGCAAGGAGUAUGACGGCAAGAACAUGGCCCUCUUUGAGGAGGAGAUGGACACCAGCCCCAUGGUCUCAUCCCUGCUGAGCGGGCUGGCCAACUACACCAACCUGCCACAGGGCAGCCGGGAGCAUGAGGAGGCCGAGAACAAUGACGGGGGCAAGAAGAAGCCGGUGCAGGCCCCGCGGAUGGGCACCUUCAUGGGCGUCUACCUGCCCUGCCUCCAGAACAUCUUUGGGGUCAUCCUCUUCCUGCGCCUCACCUGGGUGGUGGGAAUCGCUGGCAUCAUGGAGUCCUUCUGCAUGGUCUUCCUCUGCUGCUCCUGCACAAUGCUGACGGCCAUUUCCAUGAGUGCAAUCGCCACCAACGGCGUGGUGCCAGCCGGUGGCUCCUACUACAUGAUCUCGCGCUCCCUGGGACCUGAGUUUGGUGGGGCUGUGGGGCUCUGCUUCUACCUGGGCACCACGUUUGCUGGCGCCAUGUACAUCCUGGGCACCAUUGAAAUCCUGCUGGCCUACAUCUUCCCAGCCAUGGCCAUCUUCAAGGCAGAGGACGCCAGUGGGGAGGCGGCCGCGAUGCUCAACAACAUGCGUGUGUACGGCACCUGCGUGCUGACCUGCAUGGCCACCGUGGUGUUCGUGGGGGUCAAGUACGUCAACAAGUUUGCCCUGGUCUUCCUGGGCUGCGUCAUCCUCUCCAUCCUCGCCAUCUACGCCGGUGUCAUCAAGUCGGCCUUCGACCCACCAAGCUUCCCGAUCUGCCUCCUGGGCAACAGGACCCUCUCGCGCCACGGCUUCGACCUCUGCACCAAGAUGGUGGUGGAGGGGAAUGAGACGGUGGGCUCCAAGCUCUGGGAGCUCUUCUGCACCUCCCGCUUCCUCAACGCCACCUGUGACGAGUACUUCACCAUGAACAACGUGACUGAGAUCGAGGGCAUCCCCGGCGCCGCCAGCGGCCUCAUCCAAGAGAACCUCUGGAGCUCGUACCUGACCAAGGGCGUGAUCGUGGAGAAGCGGGGGCUGCCCUCCGUGAGCCCCCCCGACACCCCAGUGGACAUGGACCAGCCUUACGUCUUCAGCGACAUGACCUCCUACUUCACCUUGCUCGUCGGCAUCUACUUCCCCUCGGUCACAGGGAUCAUGGCCGGCUCCAACCGCUCCGGAGACCUGCGGGACGCCCAGAAGUCCAUCCCCACGGGCACCAUCCUGGCCAUCGCCACCACCUCGGCGGUCUAUAUCAGCUCUGUCGUGCUUUUUGGGGCAUGCAUCGAGGGGGUCGUCCUGCGUGACAAGUUUGGUGAAGCUGUUAACGGGAACCUGGUGGUUGGCACCCUGGCGUGGCCGUCCCCGUGGGUCAUUGUCAUCGGCUCCUUCUUCUCCACGUGUGGGGCCGGGCUGCAGAGCCUCACCGGAGCCCCCCGCCUCCUGCAAGCCAUCUCCAGGGACGGGAUCGUGCCCUUCCUCAGGGUCUUCGGCCAUGGCAAAGCCAACGGGGAGCCGACGUGGGCCCUGCUGCUCACAGCCUGCAUCUGCGAGAUCGGGAUCCUGAUCGCCUCCCUGGACGAGGUGGCUCCCAUCCUCUCCAUGUUUUUCCUCAUGUGCUACAUGUUCGUCAACCUGGCGUGCGCGGUGCAGACGCUGCUGCGGACGCCCAACUGGCGGCCCCGCUUCCGCUACUACCACUGGACCCUGUCCUUCCUGGGCAUGAGCCUCUGCCUGGCGCUGAUGUUCAUCUGCUCCUGGUACUACGCGCUGGUCGCCAUGCUGAUCGCCGGCCUCAUCUACAAAUACAUCGAGUACCGCGGGGCGGAGAAGGAGUGGGGCGACGGGAUCCGGGGGCUGUCCCUGAGCGCAGCCCGCUACGCCCUGCUGCGGCUGGAGGAGGGGCCCCCCCACACCAAGAACUGGAGGCCGCAGCUGCUGGUCCUGGUCCGCGGGGACCAGGAGCAGAACGUGGUGCACCCGCAGCUCCUGUCCUUCACGUCGCAGCUCAAGGCCGGCAAGGGCCUCACCAUCGUGGCCUCCGUGCUGGAAGGGACCUUCCUGGACAACCACCCGCAGGCGCAGAGGGCAGAGGAGUCCAUUCGCCGGCUGAUGGAAGCGGAGAAGGUGAAGGGCUUUUGCCAGGUGGUGAUCUCCUCCAACCUGCGCGAUGGCAUGUCCCACCUCAUCCAGUCCAGCGGGCUGGGGGGGCUGCAGCACAACACGGUGCUGGUGGGCUGGCCCCGCAGCUGGCGCCAGAAGGAGGACCACCAGACCUGGAGGAACUUCAUCGAGCUGGUGCGAGAGACCACGGCCGGGCACCUGGCCUUGCUGGUGGCCAAGAAUGUCGCCAUGUUCCCGGGCAACCAGGAGCGCUUCUCGGAGGGCCACAUCGACGUCUGGUGGAUUGUCCAUGACGGGGGGAUGCUCAUGCUGCUGCCCUUCCUCCUGCGGCACCACAAGGUCUGGCGCAAGUGCAAGAUGCGAAUCUUCACGGUGGCACAGAUGGACGACAACAGCAUCCAGAUGAAGAAGGACCUGACCACGUUCCUGUACCACCUGCGCAUCACUGCGGAGGUGGAGGUGGUGGAGAUGCAUGAGAGCGACAUCUCUGCCUACACCUACGAGAAGACGCUGGUGAUGGAGCAGCGCUCCCAGAUCCUCAAGCAAAUGCACCUCACCAAGAACGAGCGGGAGCGGGAGAUCCAGAGCAUCACGGACGAGUCCCGCGGCUCCAUCCGGCGCAAGAACCCGGCCAACACGCGCCUGCGCCUGAGCGUCCCCGAGGAGCAGGUGGGCGACAGCGAGGAGAAGCCAGAGGAGGAGGUCCAGCUCAUCCACGACAAAAACGCCACCACCUUCUCCAGCAGCUCCCAGUCCCCCGGCGACGAGGUGGAGACGGCCCCCGAGAAGGUGCAUCUCACCUGGACCAAGGAGAAGUCUGUCGCCGAGAAGAACAAGAGCAAGAGCCCUGUCAGCCCUGAGGGCAUCAAGGACUUCUUCAGCAUGAAGCCCGAGUGGGAGAACCUGAACCAGUCCAACGUGCGGAGGAUGCACACGGCUGUGAAGCUCAACGAGGUGAUUGUGAAGAAGUCCCAGGACGCCAAGCUGGUCCUGCUGAACAUGCCGGGGCCUCCCCGCAACCGGAAAGGGGAUGAGAACUACAUGGAGUUCCUGGAGGUGCUGACGGAGCACCUGGACCGAGUGCUCCUGGUGCGCGGUGGGGGUCGGGAGGUCAUCACCAUCUACUCCUGAAACACGGCGCGCGAGUGAGCACCAGAUCUUCCGGGAGCAUCCAGCACCAGAGCAGCUGUUCCUCAUUGCAACAUCACAGCACUGCUGUCCUUGUUUAUAUAUAAAUAUAUACAGUGUACCGCGGACUGAGCACCAGAGCCCAGUGCUGCCGCCGCUGCCCGUCCCCGGCAGCGCCAGCCCCAGCGCUGCUGCUCGCAGCCCCGGCCGGGCAGGAGGGCGGCUGUGCCAGGACGGGCUCCCGGCCCCACCGUGCAGCCACCCCUGCGCGGAGCUUGUGCCCCGCGGCCGCCCGCGCCGGGAGAAGAGAGAGGCCACCAGCACGCUUUCCUCGCCGGACGCUCCUCUCCCCCGCUCCGGCAGCGCCCGGGGCUGCCUCCCACGGCGCUGCCCCCCGGCCGCCCCUCGCCACCGCGGGCCUGGACGGCCCCACCGCGCUGCUGCCUCGCGCCGCCCGUCUCCGGAGGCUGUGGGCCCAGCUUGUGGAGAUGCAGCGUGACGGUUUGGAGAGGGCAGAGGGUGGGGGGCAGCCGCGGGGGGGUCGGGUGCUGGACCGCAGCAAUCCCACGACAGUAUGAGCCCGGGGCGGGGGUGGGUGGGGGGUGCUCCCUCGCCCCCUUCCCCACUGGCUCCAGGCUCUCCCUGCCCCGACGCUCUCCUGGUGCUUGUGCCGCGGUCGUGCCGCGGAGCUGCGGUGUCGGGAGCCGAGCGGAGGCCCCGCCGCGCGCAGCGUGAGCUGGAGCCGCUCUGCGGCCGCUGGAGCUGCGUGGGUGCCGCUGACCCCCUGCGCAGAGGAGUCCUGUCCCACCCUGUUCCCCCCCGCCCCGCUCCCCCGCCACCCUGCACUGGGGGCUCUCGGCCCCCCCAGCACCUGCACAUGCAUCCGGGCCCCCCCCGUGCCCCGCUGUGCUCCCUGCUGCUCCCCAGGGCUUCGCUGCUAACCGGGCCCCGGCCCCAGGCACUCGCAGACGCUGCCACGGGGCUGUAGGGAAGUCCGGAUCUGCGCGUAGUUUUAACAUAUGCAAAGUCCGUUUGCCUGGUCCCGGACCCCGUGGCAAGGGGUGCCUGGAGGGGUCCCACUGCCCCCUCUCCGGGCUGGCCAGGGCGGCCCAGGCACCGGCCCCGCGGCCGCUGCAGCCCCGAGCCCGUCCCGUCCCGCAGCCCCCGCGUGCAGGGGGACAGUUCAAACAGCAGCUCCAGGGUCCCCCCCUGUCGUCGUCCCCCCACCCCCAGCAUCUCUCACGCCAGAGAAACUGAGGAGCUUUUAACAAAUGUGAAUGGUUCCAGGAACCACGCAGGAAGCGGUGCCGAGGGCAGCCAGGGCGCCUGCCGGCGCCCACCCCGGCCCCAUGUACAUAGUGUACAUAAUACAGUACGUGUAUUUUUAAAGUGAUCAUAUUUAUGUUAAUAGAACCAGAUGAAGUCUAUAUAUAGAGAUCUAUAUCUAUUCUGAGAGAUGCAGGGCUCUGCUAGCACCAGGCCGUGGGGAUGGAGAGCCGAGACAGGCUGCUCCUGCACAACACGGGUGCCCACCCGUCACACCGAGUGUGCUGGAGCAGUGGUGAAGGCUGCAGCCUUCCCCGGCCACCAGCAGCCCCUGGGAAAGGGCCAGGUCACAGGUUUAUUCUCUUCUCAAUUUAGCUUCUUAAGAGUUUUCAGGGAAAAGAAGUCACAGACUUUUCUGAACUUGUUUCACAGCAGAUUUGAGCUUCCACUCGAAGUGCAGCCCGCUAAGAGUUGCCCUCUCCCGGCAGUGCUGGCUGCUUUGUGCCAGCCUGACCCCCCCCCCUCCGGCCAGAGCUGAGCCCCCGCGCUGAAGCGCUCGCCCCCCUUGCCCCCCCCCCAACCUGCUCCCCAAAGCUGCCCUGCACCGCCUGACCCCCCCAGCCUCCCCGAGAGCAGGACCCUCCCUGCGCACCGGAUGGCUCCAGUCCCCGCUCCCUCUGCAGAGUUCCUCUACUCCUCCAGGUCCAGGCCAAAGCUAUGUGGGGCUGCUCGGGUAAAAAGCAGUGGGUUUCUUCAUGUUGGGUUCUUUGUUUUUUUUGAUUUAAGAUACUACUUAGACACACUCCCAGACCAAAACCAAGCCCCAGCUGCACAUCUGUGCCUGCUCAUGCCUUGCUCCGACAUUUCCAUCACUCCCAAAGUGCCUCCCUUCUCUCCAGCAGCAACCCCAGCCACAGCCAGACUUUCUGCCAUGGUAGCUUGGAUACCUGCGUGGCUGCACUGGUCUGCUGCAGGCUGUGGUGCGGAAGCCGGUCCCAAGGGCGUGGGGAGCUUGGUGUUUACAGGAGGUGACUUGUGGAGAGCUGAGACCUGGUUUCAGCACAGGAGCUCCGGGCUGAGGGAUGGUGCAGACACACAGGGCAGCCCUCUCUGGUCCUGCCGCUGCCUCAGCUGCUCGGGAGCUGUUGGAAGAGCAGGCAGGCAUCUGCAAGUGUAAAGUUCCUUUAGCUUUGGGAAGGGCAGCCCCAUGGGAAGCAGGAUUUGCCAGUCUCUAGCUGCUCUGCCCCUUGGACCUGGUCCUACACCUCCACACACAAGCUCACGUGCUGUUUCCAGCCUCCCCGAAUUAUUUGAGGCGCUUCUGCAGCAACAGGGGAGGCACGCACAGCACCCUGCCCACUCAUCUCACGUGCUAGCACCACGCUUGCCGGACCUAGAACGCUUGCCAGCUGCUCCGCCUCUUCCAAGGUGCCCCCUGCAGUCACCCUCUCAUUCCAGCUUGGCUCAGCCCGGCGCAGGGAGCGGGUCCCCAGGGCAGAGGCAGGUGACCCGCAGCGCCUGCCUCUGCCGGGGCUGCAGCCAGCGUCAGGGCAAAGAGCCCCUGGGGGUGGCAGGGAACGGCGCUGCCAGCAGAGCAGCCGUGAGGCAGCGGGGCUGGGGCACGCUCCUGCGCCGAGAGGUCUGCUUCAUCGCCUCCCCAGCACCACCCGCGGGUCCCAUUGCCCCCUCAGCACCACUUCUACCCCCGCUGGUAAAGCCACGGUCCCGGUUCCCCCGGGGAGCAGGAAAGCGAGCCCUUCCCACCGGUGCUGCUGAAAAAAGGCGUUCCCCUCCCUCACCCUCCAGCAAGAGCAGGGGCACAGCUCUAGAGAGAGCCAGGGCUGCCUCAUCACCCCCGCCAGGCAAAAUUCGGCUGUGGCAAGAAAGGUGCUGGUUUCCACAGCGAGCGCGAGCUCUCGCUCGCUGUAGGCUGGAGAGGGCCAGUUUUAGCAGACAGCACUGCAUGUUAGUUUACAAACCCAGCCCUGCACGUUUGGCCUCUGUGAGUGUUCAGUUUCCCCACGGAGCACCCUUCUGCCGUUCCACCUUGGUGAAGACAGUGUCCUCCUCUGGUAGACACGCAAGUUCCUCCCUGGCACAUGCGCAGACACGUUUCGGUUUUUUGUUCCAGACAGGAAGGUCUCGACCCCCGGGCCUGUUCCGCAGGCGGGCCGCUGCCGUGCGCGGCGCUGAGCGGGCCGGGGUGGCCCGCAGCGCCCGGGGAGCGCGCAGACCCGCAGCCGCAUCCCGCCGGCGCGCGGCACCGGCCUCUGCUCCGCUCCGGCUCCUGGCGCCGGAGCGCGGGGGGGCUGCCCUGUCCCUGCCAGCUGGGGGGCACAGGCCCCCCCCGGCCCCGGCCCCGGCUCCCCCCGGGGCGGCACUGCGGGAGGCGCAGGCAGCGCCCGGCCUGGGCCGGUGCUGGGCCGGGGGAAGGACGAGAUGCUGCACGAGGGCGAGAGUUGCACUACAAGAGUCAAGACCCUCCUCUGUGUAGCAGGACUAAAAACUAGCAGCGAGACCAGAAGGUCUGAGAUUUGCUGGUGACAACACUUUCUGUGCUACAUGUGCAAUAUAUUUGUUAUGAAUGUUAUCACAGAGUCAGUUCAUUCGAUAAUCUUUUAAUCACUGUAGCUAGAUGUUCUACGUCCAUUCGAGUGACUUUUAUUCGAGUGCAAUAUUUCAAUAGACAUGUAGUGACCUAGUAUGCUUUGUGUUUUAGAGAAUCUUCGUGCAGAGCAAUGCAAUUAAGUUUAAAACCUUGUAAAUAAAACGGGUUGCAAACCAAAAAAAGAAAAGAAAAGAAAAAAAAAAAAAAGAGUAUUAGGCUUGCAUUUAAUUUCUGUGAGUGUUUCAGUAUCGUGCACUAGGCCGCCUCAGUACAGACCCUGUGUUCUCUGUGCAGGUAUUAAUGGAGGAGUGGCUCCUCGGCUGUUGAAUGCUCCCUGUUAAUGCUUUACUGCUUUAACUGUACUCAUUUUUCUAGACUCCUGUCUGCACAAAAUGCAAUAAAUGAUUUUAUUACACCCUUCA